UAUAUUAUUUAUAACGUUAACAAAUCAACUCUCAAAUAAUAAAUGUUCCAGCACGGUUCAUUUCUAGAUUUCAUACAACUGUCAUUUGGACUAGCCUUCUCAUUAGAAAAUACACGUAUCCACAGUAUCCGGCAGGUCGUAUAGGUGCGCAUAGUGUGUUUCCCGCGCGCGCUCCUUCCUCCUUCAGCGGCGCUGCUUGCCAUCGUAUCAACAUCGCACUUCAUAAUACUGGCAGUGUUUGUGCGCGUCUCGAUCCGUUACCUUACCCGAUCGGCUCGUUCCUCCUUCGUAAUGUCGGUUCCUUUGUAGUUUUUCGAAAUAGAGUGUUAUUCGGCCAUCGUUAGCUACUACUUGCCUCACGCAUUGUCUAUUUCAAGUUAACAACGGAUACCGGAAGUCGUUAUUCCCGCGCGUUAAAUAUUCGUCCUCCAACGACUCCGAACAAUCGCGGGGCUUCACGUUUCCAUCCGCGAACGUCUAACUUUUGUUUUAUGAGUACAACAGUUGGCUUGUAACAUUUUCGUCCCUGCAAAAUUGAACUCGCAUUAGUUUUCGUAUUAUAACAAAUCGAAUUUUUUAGAUGACUUAUUUCUAUUAUAAUCACGUUGGUGGUAUAAGCUCAAUAUAGUGUCAAAUAAUUUAGAUUUUACCAAUAACGCAGUAAUAAUGCACGGAAUGUUUUGUGAUAAUUCUUCUUUUUUUUUUUGUACUUAUUUUUCCGGUGUUUUUUUACUAACAGCCUGUGUGCAUGUUUCGAAGAUAUUUGUAAUUGUCACCAUUUUAUAAAAUUAGCUUCUUAUGCGCAUUCGAUCUUUUACUUUAUGCAUAAACAUAAUUUAUUUUCCUAUAUUUUGACUUUUUAUAGACAUAUAAAUAUUUAAAUCGACUAUUUAUUCUGUUACUUUAUUUUUAACUCGUGUAUUUGUGUUUCUCCACACAGAUAGGAUUACGAGCUAUGUUAUUCUAAUCGCUUAUUACAACAGAGAAAACCAAACAUUUCAAAAUGUUAAAUAACGUAAAAACUUUCUUGAGUGUCUCGAUGUGAAUUGAACGUUUCAUAAAAAGUAGUAGUGUCAUAAAUAAUAACUGCUAAUGAAAGCCAGAUGAUUGGUGCGGCGUAACUUCGAUAGUAGGGUGGACAGAAGAACAAAACGGAUCUGGAGUAACUUGGCAUUUUGAACGAAGGUAUCACACCGAGGAAGACGAAGGACUCUGAUUACUAUCAUCCACCACCACCUCGUAUACGCGUUAUACUCGUGUCUUUCUCUUUCGCCCUCUUUCUCUCUCUCUCUCUCUCUUUCUCUCUCUAUCUCUUUCUCUCUUUUUCUCUUUCUCCUUCUCUCUCUCUCUCUCUCUCUUUCUCUGUUUCUCUUUAUCUUUAUCUCUCUCUUUAUCUUAUUCUCCAUUCUAAAGGUUCUGUAGUGCUCCAGUUUAUAAUUUUAUCCUCCUUCGGUAGUGAAACCAGUGUGAUAAAAAGUCAAAUGAUGUACAUGUGAUCCACAAUGAUGAUGGUAUGAUAUAUACAUAUAUAUAUAUAUAUAUAUAUAUAUAUAUAUAUAUAUGUGUGCUUGUGUCGUCCAACAGUGCGUGAGACGAAAAAAAUUGAGUGAGAGAAAAAAAUUUUACGGAGAAGUGCAAUCCCGAAGUGAUAAGUCUGUAUCUAUAUAAACACGUGUGCCAGAGGGAAGUGUGUCCGUACGAAGAGUACAAAGCAAAAUAAGUUUACGAAGGAAGGAGGACAGAGAAAAUAAUCAUAAGUUGGCCGAGGACAACCAAAGGAAAACAACCAGUCAGCAACGUAGAGAGGUGAUAUUAGCAGGUGGGACAGGCGGGAACAGUAGCAUGAGUUCGUAUUUUGCGAAUUCGUACAUCCCGGACCUGCGAAAUGGCGGGGUGGAACAUCCGCAUCAGCAUCAGCAGCACUACGGUGCGGCCGUACAGGUGCCUCAACAGACACAAUCAGUUCAACAGCAGUCAACUCAGCAAGCUAGCGAUCCUUGCGAUCCGAGUUUGUUACGCCAGGGAGUUUCUACCCACCAUUAUGGAACUGCGGGAGGUCAACAGGACAUGCCUUAUCCGAGGUUUCCCCCGUAUAAUCGGAUCGACAUGCGGAAUGCGGCUUAUUACCAGCAUCAGCAGGAGCAUGGAAGUAUGGACGGCAUGGCCGGCUAUAGGUCGACGUCCCCGAGCACCGGUAUGGGCCACAUGGGACACACGUCAACCCCUAACGGACAUCCGUCGACACCCAUCGUCUAUGCUAGUUGCAAGCUUCAAGCAGCCGCUGUCGAUCAUCAAGGUAGCGUCCUCGACGGACCAGACAGUCCACCUCUCGUCGAGUCCCAGAUGCAUCACCAAAUGCACAGUCAGCACCCGCAUAUGCAGACGCAGCAAUCGCAGCAUCCACAGCAGCAAUCGCAGCACCAGCAUCUGCAGGCGCAGCAGCAGCAUAUGAUGUACCAGCAACAACAAUCUCAAACCACAUCGCAACAGGGACAAAGUGGAAUGCACCCGCAACAACAGCAACAAGCUCAGCAGCAUCAGGGCGUCGUUGCAUCACCGCUCAGUCAACAGCAACAAGGCACGCCUCAAAGUGCAUCAAGCGCAAAUAUACCAAGCCCAUUAUAUCCUUGGAUGAGAAGUCAGUUUGAGAGGAAACGAGGUCGGCAAACGUAUACGCGAUAUCAGACGCUAGAACUGGAAAAGGAGUUCCACUUCAAUCGAUAUCUCACUAGGCGGCGACGUAUCGAGAUCGCUCACGCGCUAUGUCUGACAGAACGGCAGAUAAAGAUCUGGUUUCAAAAUAGACGGAUGAAGUGGAAGAAGGAGAACAAAACGAAAGGCGAACCAGGCUCAGGUGAUGGCGACACAGAAAUCUCGCCGCAGACGUCGCCGCAGGGUUGAAAGAGCUCCGAGGAGUGGAACUUCUAAAGAGGUCUCAUCUCUCUCAGGGUCGUUAAUACCUUGUUUCCAGCACUACCUCUUCCCCUACCUAAACUCCAGUCCCCGUCGAUGACCUCCAAAUGACCCCUCAACAGCAAUGACGCUUAUUUUGUCGUGUUAAUCAUGUUGCUUGUACCAAAAAAGAAGAAGAUAAGGAUGACGGCGAAGAAAUCGUGGAAGGACCCGUAAGAGUGGCCGAUGACGAAUAGACGGCAGAAAUGGAAAUUAUGAAAAGGUGACGUGACGAGAGAGAAGAAGGGAAGAACAAAACAAAAGCGAAGACGCGCACAAAUGAGUCAGCAGAGGAUUUGCGGAAAUGUGUAUGACUUAAUGUGGAUCAAGAUUACGAAUAAAAGAAGAACGGAAGAGAGCAAAACUGGAUCACAUGCUAAUCAGAACCGCAUUAACCUCUAUUACGUUUAAUCAAAUGUAAUUGUACUAAAGCCUAUAUAGAGAUAUGGAUAAAAAGAUGUACGUAGUUUAAUGCGAAAUCGCGAGAUCGGUGGCAGUAAUCCAAGUAGAACGCACGAGAAUAUGUGGUAUUCGGAGUGAUAGAUAUAAAGAGCUAAGUCCGUUGAGAGAAUGAGAUAUGCGUGAACCUGUGCGUGAUAGAGAAAAAAAAAUCCGCGUUGAAAUCUUAGGAGAGCAUUUUAUUAUUUAUUCUCUUACGCCGUACAUGUAGAGUCGUAGGACGGUUAGUAGAUUAGCAGUACGAAGAUGUCCGUCGCGUCUCUAUGUAGCAGUAGAGAUAAGCGGUUUAGUGUUCUUAGAGAAUCGUUUAGAUAGAUCUUUCUCUAGUACCGCGGUGGCUCCAACAAGGAAUAUUUAACAUUCGUGCCAAGUAUGAUUUCCGAACGCGUUUCUCGUAUUUUAAUAAAACAAAAUUUGAGAGAGGGUUUGAGAACAACGCCAGGAUAUAGCGGAUGAAGAGAAACAAAAGGAAAAAAAAGGGAGAAAAACAGUGCAGAAAGAGAAGAGGAGAAUCACCGGAGUUCACGUCUGAUCCUGAUCAACCAAGUGAAACAAGUGCGUGCAAAAUCAAUUCCAUUGGAAAUCAGUGAUUUUUGGUGUGUAAAUCUAACGAUCACGACGAUGUUUUAAAUAUUGUAUGGAAUGAGACGGCGGCAUUGACCGUGGAUGGUAUAGAUUAGUGCUGAAUGAUAAAGUGAGUUUGAGGAAACAGCGCCCUUCGGCGGAGCAGAGUCAAACCGACUUGGCAUUUCUUCAUCAGCGUCAUCGCAAGGUUAGUCUUAUUGAAUGAACAUUGCUAGUGACACACAAUUAUCGGUUACAUUAGACAUGCAAAUAUCUCGUUGAAUUGUUUGCAUUUGAUAAGAACAGUUGGCCUCUGCGUUUCGACGUAACAGAGAACACAUUUCUGUCUCGUGUGGACUUUAUUACAAGUGAGUGAAUUUUAUUUUACGCACAAUAAUUUUCGAAAACACUUUCGCUACUUGUUUUUAUCAUAUGCAAGAAACAUACGUUUACAUUUGCUGACCGAUAAUUGGGAUGAUUUGCUCGUAUCAUGCACAUUGCUCAAUAUGACGGGUAUGAUAAUGAUGUACAUAGGCAGUCCAUUUUUAGUGAAAACGUGUCUGUUCGGGAAAAAAGAUAUUGGAAUAUUUAAACUUAUGUUGUAUAAUUUUUGGGGACUUAGGAAUAUAUGUUUUAUUUUAUUCGAAUUAUAUUUUUUUAGUAUUAAUUAUUAUAAGUAGCUGAAAAAAAAUUCUCAAUUUAUGUUUAAAUUUAUACUUAGUUUUAAAAUUUUACGAAAAAGAGCGAAUUUUAUAUUAAGAUGUAUAAAUGUAUAAUAUCUUUUACGAUGACGGGCACACACACACAUACUGAGUGAUCUCGAUUCACAUCCUUUGAAACUGCUUUAAAAGCAGAAACGUGGUAGUGGUACUCUCCUUUUCUGUAAAUAUUAAAGUAAAGAAAAAAAAAGGAAAGAAAGAAAAGUGACACAGGAAAGACAAAUCUGUCUUUUGCACAUUUGUAGUUUUAUCGAAAAUUUACUCUUGCUCCGCGCGACGUGACGCCAAGUUACCAAGUGUUGUAAUAUGUAGUAUAUUUUCGGAAUAGGAUGCUUUCAGCAUGAGACCGCUUGGCACCUUAAUAGCGACUCGGAACUGAGUUCAAUGUAAGCGAUCUUUUACUUACGAUGAUGGAGUACAUCACGUAUUAUUCCAAAUUACUACAUCGUUCCAUUCGAGUUUGCUUUCUUUUCCUCUAUUACGUUACAGCAAUUUGCAACAGAAUUUAAUCUGGUACUCGCAACUGUUUCUUUAAUAUAUCAAAAUACCGCGACACUCCCGGCAAACACUCCCCGCUUAGCCCGUUCGCGGGCAAUAAAGGAAAUUCGAAUUAAGAAACUGGGAGAACGUUUAAUGACGAACAACUCGGGAACACGAGAACGAUCGCAACAGCAAUUAUCACAGGCGUAUCGGCUGCAAUCUUACAUUCGCGCACGAUACGUCCGCGUGGCGUCCUCGGCCAAUGUGUGCGACUCUCUCUCUUCUUCCACUGGCGCUCCUUGUCCAAAUGAUUAAACUCCACUUGUCUUGUUCUUCCUUCUUGCGAAAGUCGCGAGUACGGAUGCGAUGUGAUCGAUUGCUCUCGUCGUCGAUGCGCCGCGACGUUCUGCACUUUGUUGCCUACCUUGGAAGAGACGCGUUUAAGCGUGACAAGCGGUAUCAGAGCACUCGUCGACUUCGUCAAUGGAUCUGGUUCGAUGAAUCAAUUUUAUUGCGCCGUAUCGGGAGAUCUUGAGAACUCUGGCUACAUUGUGGCCGAAUACGAGCCGACAUACUCUCCGCCGCGGCGAAUUCUGUGCUGUGUUGUAAACUUAGAUUCGACAUAAUUAUUUAGUUUAUACCUUGUGUACACGACAAUUAACGGUAUACGCGCGCGCAAUAAGCGACGUUAAGACUACGUGCUCGAGCGGCAAAUUGAAAAAUGCCCGCAGGUAGCCGACUUCUAAAUCCUGUUGCACGGAAAACCGCUCUUCACCGUUUUUGCAUUAUAAAAUGGAAAAGGGGCGAAGGGAGCAGAGCGACACUACGUAAACCUGUAAUCGAUAUACGUAACACAUGGUCCGGCUCGCACUCGCGCGUUUGAUCGAGCAACGACCAGCCUUUCCUUUUUCGAGAGAUUUAUUUGUGUGAAAUCUUUUGUCUUUGAGGAACAACGAACUAAAGCGGCGGGAAGCCUCGGUGAUCGCUCGCUGUCGCACACGUUUCACAACAUUCGCUGAAAUUAAUUGUACGAUCUCACGAAAAGAAUUUCUUUACGAUUCGAUCUGAUUUUAUGAUUUUGUUUCAUUUAAAUAUGUAAAUUAUUCAAUUAUAAAACCAUGUAUCGUGAUUGCAGAUAAACAAUUUAUGUAGACACGUGUAACCUUGCACGAUCAAAAUGAAUUUUUUUUACUUCGCUAUAAAUAGAUCAUGUAUAAAUUAAUUCUAGUUGCAUCAAUUGGUGAUAUAAUUUGUGAGCCGGCAUUGAAACGGAAAGAGAAAGAUAUAUUAGUCUCUUAAUCAUCUUAUCCUUUGUUACGAUAUUGUGACCAAAAAUACUGUUCUUCAAAAAUACUGAUUUCGUAAAACUCUGUUUCUAGAUAAAUAGAAACGGAGAGCAAUUAAUUUGUAAAUAUUUAUUGAAACUAUACAUUGACAAAAGUUUAAAUUCGAAAUGUAACGUCGGUCAGCGAAUAUUACAUGUACACUUCUGACUUGGUCAUAAUAUGCGAAAAAGUCGUAUAUUGCAAUAAAAGAAUAUAUAUUUGAAAAAUACGGUGGAUCUGUUUGUACAAACUGUAGCUAUCGUGAGCGAUCACCGUGAAAACACGCAAACGUAAUUAAAGAAAAAUAAAAUUUUGUAUCCAUUCGAUAAAAUUUAUUGUAGAUUUUAAAAAUACGUAUAAACGCGCGAAAUGGAAAUUCAUAGUAUUAACUGGAAAAAACAAAAUGUAAAUUAUAUAUUUUAUCUCUACUCGUAUAUAUAUAUACAUAUAUAUAUAUAUAUAUAUAUAUAUAUAUAUAUAUAUAUAUACGCGUAAAAUUACAGAUAUACGUAAAUUAAACCAAGUACUGUUAGUGUAUGCAAAGGUAGAAUUAAAAAGCUGAACGUAAAUGCAACAGCGCCUAUGUACGAAGUAUGUCACUAAGAUAACUCGUAAUCGAUAAACGUAACAUCUAAAGUCUAAUUCAUAAAGUAAGGUAAUAAUAUUAGGAGAACGGGCAUGUCAGUCGCAAUGGGCAGGGGCGGCGAUCGUGAGGUGGUAAUUAGAUUUUCGCCCAAAUGAAAAAAAAAAAAGGAAAAAAAGAAGCAGUAUCCGCCAUUUAAACGUACACAUAUGGGAGGUGCGCAAUUCAAAUUUUAUUUAUUAUUGUCCACGGUAUAUAUGCGAGAGAGUGACGGCACUUGCAGAAUUGUACAUAACUCCGAUCUUUCUAACUAGGUUACGCGCGAAACUCUACGAGAUAAGUAGAACAAAGAAACGAAGAAAUAUAAGAAAUAAUGCUUGUCAACGAACGAGUAGCUUUCAGACCGUAAUAUUAUUUAGCCUGAUACUAUUUAUUGAUACCAUGUUAUAUAUAACGCAAAGUGGAUUUUUCUGUUUGUUUUAUUGAUUAUACAAUAAAUAUUUUUUACAAUAUA